GGGGAAAAAUUAUUUAAAAAAGCUAAAUUUCACUUUCUGUUUUCCUUUUCCGAUGUUGAGCAACUAAGUUGUUUGAACUUCCUUCAACCAUCCUUCUUCAUCACUUACUUCAAUCUCUUCUUCCAAUCUCAUCGUCGCAAGGUGAAGUGAUCACAUGCUAAUCUUUCUCUGACCUUCCUAUCUCAGGUUCAUUUAUGCAAUUUAAAUCCAACAACCACUUGUAUACGAAGACUCAAAAUUCAAAUCAAAUCAAUGGCAUGGUUAAAUAUUGGUUCACUUCUUACAUUUUCUGCAAUUUUUCGCGUAAUUCUCAUCGUAUACGGAGAAUGGCAAGAUUCUCAUAUGGAAGUUAGAUAUACUGAUGUUGAUUACAUUGUUUUUUCUGAUGCCGCUUCUCUUGUUGCUUCUGGUUAUUCUCCUUAUCAGAGAACAACUUAUCGUUAUUCCCCUUUACUAGCUUUUCUUCUUCUUCCUAAUUCGUUACUUCAUCGCUCUUGGGGAAAAUUUCUCUUCUCUUCUGCAGAUUUACUUGUGGGAUAUUUUAUCUAUUAUAUUCUAAAGCUGCAGAAGGUUCCUGAAAAGCUCUGCAACUACUCUGUUAUGGCAUGGCUUUUUAAUCCAUUUACCUUCACCAUUGGGACACGAGGGAACUGUGAGCCCAUUGUUUCUGCCAUGAUAUUGUGGAUCAUUGUCUGUCUUAUGAAAGGUAAUGUGUUACAGUCAGCAUUUUGGUAUGGACUUGUUGUCCAUUUCAGGAUUUAUCCUAUAAUUUAUUCUAUUCCUAUAAUCCUAGUUCUUGAUCCGAACUUCUUCCCGUCUGGCCAGAAACCCGUCCUAAGGAACUGGAGUGCUGUUCAGAAAGAGAGAUCCGAAGACGAGAAUGGCCAGUUUACCCUACAUAAUUUAUUGAAAAGCAUAUUCACAAGGAAUAGGAUCAUAUUUGGACUGGUCUCAGGAUUGGUUUUCGUCUUUUGUACUGGUCUGUUCUACUGUUUAUAUGGAUGGGAAUUCCUACACGAGGCACUACUGUACCAUCUUACUCGUACAGAUCCAAGGCAUAACUUCUCCAUCUAUUUCUAUCACAUAUAUCUUCAUUAUGGAAAUGACAUCUCAGUGGUGGAAAAGCUUGUGUCCUUUUUGCCACAGUUUUUGGUUCAGCUGGUUCUUAUUUUCAGCUUUGCACGGGAUUUGCCUUUUUGCUUUUUUGUGCAGACCGUAUCAUUUGUGGCCUUCAAUAAGGUGAUUACAGCACAGUACUUUGUUUGGUUCUUUUGCUUAUUGCCUCUAAUACUCCCAUGGAGUAAAAUGAAGCUUAAAUGGGGUGGAUUGUCUUGUAUUCUUUUGUGGAUAGGAGCUCAAACCCACUGGUUGUUGUGGGGCUACCUUCUUGAGUUCAAGGGUAAAAAUGUUUUUUUACAGCUUUGGGUGGCAGGCUUAAUGUUUCUAGCAGCCAACAUAUUCAUCCUUGUCAUGAUUAUUCGUCAACAUGAUUGUUCUUCUAUUUUCAAAGCUUUAGAAUAUACUCGCUCCAAGCAUGAAGCUAAGCUUGAAUGAGUGACUCUGAUUUGUCGUCAAUGAAUUUCAAUUUUCAUCACCACCAUUUCUAUGUAUCGUCCUUGUCGCACUUCAAUUUAACAAUGCAAGGGCAUUACUACAGCAACCGACAUUCAUGUUGAAACUUGCGUAAUUUUCUAAAAGUGAACAAUAGGUGAGGCGACUCAAUGUAUUAUUAUUGUUUUGUAACCCUGUAUGCCUUUUUUGUUUUGUUGUUGCAGUACACAAUUUUGAUCAAUGAAUUUAUUUUUAUUGCUUUCUUA